CAGCCUGCUGCCGCCGCUGCUGCUGCUGCUGCUGCUGGACGGGAACCAUGGAGGAGAAACACAAAGAUGAGAGCGCCAAAGACCCGCAAUCAACGUCCUACCAGAGAAGGAUGUGGAGGAAUUUCCAAGUGAAGACCAAGCCAUUUUUGAGCCCCAAACUGGGGUCCGAACGACGCAGCGGGGAUGGUAAAAAAGAAAGCGGUUUGUGGAUGUUUAAAAGAAAGAAGAAACAGGUCCUGGACCGGGUCUUCUCGUCCUCGCAGCCCAAUCUGUGCUGCUCAACUCCGCCGUCUUUCGUAGGCGACAGGACCCUGUGCGAGCAGCCGGACUCCAGCGCCGGUAAAGGGCUCGGGAUCUCACCGCUGGCCGCUGCUGAUGGAGCUUCAGUCAGUAAACCGGAGAUUUCCGUAUCCGCGCACGGAAGCCCGAAGCUGCUGGUGUCUCAUCUGGUGAUGUCUCAGCAGAAGAGCUCGUCCUUGGGCUCGGCGUGCUUCGAGAAGCUGGUGGUGGAAUCGGCAGCAUCCAGUGAGGAUGAGCUGGCCAAAAACGCUAGUGACCUGGGCAUCAAUAUUGUGGAGCCAAGUAAUGAAGAACUUCCUCCCCCGUCAAAGCCAGGAAUGUAUCAGCUGGACAUUGUGUUGAAGAAGGGCAAUAAUCUGGCCAUCAGGGACAGGGGAGGGACCAGUGACCCAUAUGUGAAGUUUAAAAUCGCAGGGAAGGAGGUUUUCCGCAGCAAAACGAUCCACAAGAACCUGAACCCAGUAUGGGAUGAGAAAGUCAGUCUGCUGGUGGAGAGUUUGAGAGAGCCACUCUACGUGAAGGUCUUUGACUAUGACUUUGGGCUGCAGGAUGACUUUAUGGGCUCUGCAUACCUCUAUUUAGAAUCCCUGGAGCACCAAAGGACCUUGGAUGUGGCCCUUGACCUCAAAGAUCCCCACUAUCCCAACCAUGACCUGGGUUCACUGGAACUGGCAGUCACACUUAUUCCAAAAGAGGGAGACUUCAGGGAAGCAACCAUGCUUAUGAGAAGGAGCUGGAAACGAUCCAGUAAGCAUCAGAGUCUGAGGUUAUCAGACGUUCACAGAAAGGCUCAGCUGUGGAGAGGCAUUGUUAGCAUCAGUCUCAUUGAGGCCCGUGACCUCCAGCCUAUGGAUGCCAAUGGUCUCAGUGACCCUUAUGUCAAAUUCAGAAUGGGACAUCAAAAGUACAAAAGUAAGACAAUACCAAAAACGCUAAACCCCCAGUGGAGAGAGCAGUUUGACUUCCACCUGUAUGAUGAACAGGGCGGUUUCAUUGACAUCACCAUCUGGGACAAAGAUGCAGGAAAGAAAGAUGACUUUAUGGGCAGGUGCCAGGUGGACCUCUCUGUUCUCUCAAAGGAGUGCACACACAGACUGGACCUGACUCUGGAGGAGGGUGAGGGCACACUGGUGCUGCUGGUCACUCUCACAGCCUCUGCUGCCGUCUCCAUCGCUGACCUGUCCGUCAAUGUAUUGGACGACCCCCAUGAGAGGAAGGAGAUUCUCCACAGAUACAAUCUGCUCAGAUCCUUUCACAAUAUUAAAGACGUGGGCAUGGUGCAGGUGAAGGUGAUCCGAGCGGAGGGGCUGAUGGCAGCUGAUGUUACAGGUAAGAAAAACCCUCCCACACACACAUACAGUGAUCCUGACAUAUGCUUUCUCACUCUGUUUUCCGCAGUUACUGAUAAAGGCUAUCCUUUCCCUUGGAAUGGAAACAAUGUGAAAGACAUCCACUCAGUCUUAGAGGUGACUGUCUAUGACGAAGACAGAGACCGAAGUGCCGACUUCUUGGGCAAAGUGGCUAUUCCGUUGUUAAAUAUCCAAAAUGGAGAACGCAAAGCUUACGCCUUGAAAAGCAAGGAACUGACAGGGCCAACCAAAGGGGUCAUCUUUCUCGAAAUAGACGUGAUUUAUAACAUUGUAAAAGCAGGCAUGAGAACUUUGAUUCCCAUCGAACAGAAAUACAUCGAAGAUGAGCCACGAGUGUCCAAACAGCUGCUGCUGCAUAACUUCAACAGAGUGAGGCGCUGUAUAAUGUUCCUGGUCAAUGCUGGCUGCUAUAUCAACAGCUGCUUUGAGUGGGAGUCUCCUCAGAGGAGCAUCUGUGCCUUUCUGCUUUUCGUUGUGGUUGUGUGGAAUUUUGAGCUCUAUAUGGUCCCGCUGAUUCUCCUGAUGCUGCUGGCCUGGAACUACGUUCUCAUUGCUUCAGGGAAGGACACGAGACAGGGAGAUGUGCAAGCUGUGGAGGAUUUGCUGGAGGACGAGGAGGAAGACUUUGACAGAGAUGACAAGGUGCCGGGCUCAGUCCCCUCCCAGGAUGGCCGGCUGCCGGAAAGCCAUAUCCUUGCGGAUAUUUUGGCUUCCUGGCACUUUGAGUGGAUACGCGUGAUGGUGGACUCAGAGAGAAAGGGUUUCAUGAAUAAGCUGUAUGCCAUUCAGGAUGUGUGUAUCAGUGUCCAGAAUGCUCUGGAUGAAGUGGCCUCCUAUGGUGAGAGGAUAAAGAAUACUUUCAAUUGGACUGUGCCUUUCCUCAGCUGGCUGGCCAUAGUUGCCCUGUGUGCAGCCACUCUUGUGGUGUACUUCAUUCCUCUCAGAUACAUCGUACUGGCCUGGGGGGUGAACAUGUUCACCAAAAAACUGCGAGACCCAUACAGCAUCGACAACAAUGAGCUGUUGGACUUCUUGUCCCGAGUGCCCUCAGAUGUUCAAAUGGUGCAGUACCGAGAGCUGAAAGUGGAGCCCAGUCACAGCCCAAACAAAAGAAAGAAAAAUAACCCAGGAUAGCUCCUCUUCUCGCACGGAUGCUCUCCCAACGCCAAGGAGAAGGAGAGUACUGACUGGCAACCAGCCUCUUUCUGUCUUUCUUCCUCACUCUUUUUCUCUGCAGCGUGGAGAGUUAAAGAGCGCAGUCAGAGUGAAAACGGGACCGUUGUUAAUUACCAUCCGUCCUUUUUUUGGUUUAUUUUUGCGGCGGGGAAAGCGGCGAAAGCUCUUGACCCCUUUUAGAGUCAAACAGUCUGGGUUAUUUGUCAGCGCUUGCCACUAGCCAGACAGCUCUAAAAGCCAAGGUGUCCUUCCACGGCAGCAAACUGAGCCGUUCUAACCACAAAUAGCAGGAUCAGCUGAUAAUAAUACGGCCACCUGUGCCGACACACCUCGCCUCAACAGAAGGGAAAACGACGGUGGUUAAGUUGCAGUUUGCACCCUAUAAUUUGCACGGCACGGUCACUGCCGUAUCUAAAGCUAUCCGCAGCUGAGUCGACAGCUGAGCCUGUUACGGUCCGAUUUAUGGCUGUAACUAAAGUGCUCGUGGAAAUGACUCAAAAAACGCCCAGUGCCAGUGAGGUUUGCGAUAUCUUUACAUCAUUUCGAUGUUCUUUCAAUGGUAUGAAUGAUGCAUACUGGGAUUGUUUAUUGUAAACCUUUGUCGACCAAUAGUAGCCGUGCCAGCGUCAGCAUUGUCCUCAUAGUGGGGAUUAGAGAAUUUACGUUUCAUCCUUUGCUCCUAAAGCACCGCCAUGUGCCACUCCGCUAAUUUUUUAUCUCUAAAGGCCAAGUGCUGUUAUAUAAAGGAACCGGCCGAAAUCUUUAGAAAAAUCCCAAACUUGAAGGGUGUUUUCAUUGCUGUGGAUUGGCUGCUUGAUGAGAAGUCGAUAGUGUGUGACAGGCUGCUUUAGGGCCUUGGGGGGGGGUACCGUAGGGCAGAGGUUUACUGACGCCGCCGUGGAGAAAAAGGAGGACGCGGGCAGCUUUCUCAUACGCUCCUGUCAUUCCGCUUUCUCUCCCUCUGUCAUUUCCUCUCAUUCAUCCAGCUGCUUGCGAGGGAGGUCAUGGAUGGGUCCAUGGGCCGCUCUUGAGGGACCUCGGCGUAGCGAGCGAUGAAAGAUCACAGCGCAGGCUACGUCAGAAAGACACUUGCCCUCCGCCUCCCUCCUGACUUCUCAUUUGCCAUAUCGCAUCUAUCUAUCGCAUCUAUCACAUGGAAAGACCAUUGAUUUGUCGGAGGGAACUCCAUUACAAAGACAACACAAUCCCCCCUGAGCAGGACACGGGCGGUACUUCAGUGACUUGCAUUAUAAAAAAAACAACAACACAAUGAUGAUUUGAACAGCAGAAAGGAUAGUUGUCUAAGCCUGAAUGUGUUUCUGUGUACUGUACGUGUUGAUUUAAGUUGUUAAGUGGGUUUACUGUGAAUGUUUUUUGCAUCCCAAAAGCUUUUUGUUUUGUAAAAGUGCACAUGCUAUGUUUGCAAGUAAACCAAAGUGGACCUUUUUUUUGGAAAUAAUAUAUAUAUAUAUAUAUAUAAAAGAGACAACUAUCUAGAAUGUAUUCAGUGGAAAAGGAAUAAAGG